AUGGCAAGAAGUUUGGCUGAAGCAUUUAAACAAUUUGCAACAAAAGCUGAUGGAAAGGAACAAACAACUGCUGAUUUUACAAAGUGGUGCAAAGAUGCAGGAGUUGUCGGAAAAAACUGCAAUUCAAACCAUAUUGAUAUUUCUUUUUCAAAAGCCAAAGCCAAAGGCGCUAGAAAUAUAACGUUUGAAAACUUGGACGCUUUGAUUACAGAAAUGGCUAAAAAGUAUAAAGAUGAUGUCAAAAUGGGUGAGGCGGAAGCUAAAGAAGAUUUAAUCAAUAAAUUGUCGGGAGCAAAAAAAUUGAUGCAUGGCGUAACAGGAACUAUGAAGGUUGGAGGAGUUGAUAGAAUGACAGAUACAACUCUAUACACCGGAGCUCAUAAGGAAAGGUUUGAUGAAGAAGGCAAAGGAAAGGGACUUGCUGGACGUUCUGAUGUUGUUGACAACACUGGCUAUGUAGGAGGUUAUAAGAAUAAAGACACUUAUGACAAAAAAGAAAAAUAA